AUCUUCCAUUUGAAUAUAUGCAAAGCUCUCUGCACUGUUGGAUCAUUGAGAUCCUGUGGCCAGUCUGAACUUCUGUACCAUUUCAAGAGGUACCCACCAAUCGUACGGCCAAGAUCGAUUUGUCAGUGGACCCACCCCCUUUAUACCCUCCCCCCUCGCCUGCUCUGCUCCCCUGUAUAAACAUAUGCAUUUAUAUACUAUUCAUACAACUGUUGCUGCUUAUAUAGAAUUCCUCGGUGCAUGUGAUUUACCUUAGUAGCUAAGCUGUUAUUUCCAUGAUUGUCUGCAGCAGCGUAAGGCCUACUAAUGAUCCAAAUAUAUAUAUUAUAUAUAUGUGUGUGAAUUAUAUAAUGUCCAUUUAAUAUAUCUGUCAUGCUGGACACUGUCUGAGGCAUCUCUUCCACACAUCUUGAAUCACAUUGGCUGAUGAACUGGGAUUUGUUUCGCAUGCCUGAAACCUGAUAUACGCAAUAUAUAUAUAUGUACUUUGGUUUCUGUGAUGAAAAGAGAGUCCUGAAUUCUUCUUCUUCAGUUUAUUUUAAUUUAUGUUUUGCAGUAAGUAUAUACUGAUGUGGGAUGGGGGGGAAGGUCCUUGAUCCCCCAUCAGAGCAAGCUUUGGCUGGAGGUUGUGCUCCAAACAUGCAUGGCUGCUGGCUUUUCCUUGAAAUUCCUUGAUUCCUGCUUCUUCAAAACAGUAGAAGCUUUGAUGGUCUCAUCAGCCAUGGGACUCUGACAACAGGUACAAGAGCAAGAAAGGGAUUGUUAUGCAAUCAAGAAACACUUCUAAGCAGUUCUUGGGAAAUUAGAAAAGGAAUUUGGUGGUAUAAACCAGUGGAACAGUAAACAAAAACGAAGAAGUUUCAAUGGAGAAGCUUCUAAAGCCAUACGACAAGGAGUGCAUGAAGAUGGCCAUGUUGAAGCAUGAAGAAACAUUCAAAAAGCAGGUUUAUGAACUUCAUUGCCUGUAUCAAACACAGAAGACUUUAAUGAAAAACUUUGAGAGCAGCAUGCCUAACAGAAGAAGUCUAGAGAUAUGGGAUUCGAAGAAUGGAAUUGGAUCAUGUCAGAAUUUUAGCAACAGCAAUCACCAUCGUGAUACAGAACAGAAACAGCGAAAGAAACUUGACUUGGAAAGGCCUGCUGAAGAGUACAUUGCCGGAUCAGAUGGCGAUGAAAUGCAAGAGAUCGAAGACGAGAGCGAGAUUGAGCUGACCCUGGGCCUCUCAAGCUACAACCCAAGAAAGAAGGCUGCUGAUACUACACUCACCUCAGAUUCAGGACCAAGUUUUUCAUCAUCCUCCACUGGAUCCAGCCACACAAGGAGGACAAGCCCAGGUACCCAGCAGAGGACAAUUACAGCAAAAGAAGAAUUAAACAGUAGUGGAUGGGGGCAUAUGCAGGUGAAUGACAUGAACCCAGGGUUCCAAAGUGGUAGAAAAAUCAGUAUUGAUGUUGAAGAACAAUUGAGACAAGAGAGACUAAAACAACCCCCUUGGCUUUUCCAAGUUCUGGGUCUGAAUAUGACUUGAAAAAAUCUCCUUGGUUGGCCGCUGCUGGUAUGAUUACAUUUUGGACUGUUUCACAUCGUCUAAUUUUUACAAUUAAUGUCUGUAUGGAAUUUUCUUCUUUACUUCUAGUAUAAUGGGUGAUGAAGUCUUGUGUGAAAAGUUAAUUAGUUGUUUCCCUGGCUAUCAGAGCCCAUUAAGAUUUACAGAUUUACAUAGUCACCAAAUGUUAUAAUUCUGAUUUCCUAGUCA